AUGACUGAAGCAGCAGGUGCCGUCAUCGGCAUCAACUUCGGCCACUCGUACUCCUCCAUCGCCUGCAUCAACCAGCACGGUCGUGCCGAUGUGAUUGCAAACGAGGACGGUGAGCGUCAGCUCGCCACGCGCAUCGCCUACAACGGCGACCAGGUCUACCUCGCCAACCAGGCCACUCCGCAGCUCGUCCGCAACGCGCCCAACGUCAUCGACAACUUUGUCAACCUCCUCGGCCGCCCCUUUUACGAGCUCACCGACGCCGAGAAGAAGCGCAACUCGGCACCCGUCAUCGACUCGAACGGCGUACCCGCCUUCCAGGUCGAGAUCGACGGCACCCAGACCGUGCUCACCGUGCACGAGGUCUCGGUGCGCUUCCUCCGCUCGCUCUUCCUCACCGCCAAGGACUUCCUCUCGGGCGUCCCCAUCGCAGGUGCCGUGCUCAGCGUGCCCCAGUGGUUCCCCCAGCAGCAGAUCUCGGCGCUCAAGGCCGCCGCCGAGGAGGCCGGCCUCAUCGUGCUCCAGGGCCCCGGCCAGCUCCCCGCCCACCCGGACGGUGUUGAGGGCGCCCCCUACGCUCCCGGCAAGGAGCUCGACCGCAACGUCGUCGUCGUCGACAUGGGCGGCUCGUCCACCGAUGUGGCGCUCGUCGCCGCCCGCGCCGGCCUCUACUCGACGCUCGCCUACCUGCACGACGCCACGGUGGGCGGCGCCACGCUCGACGCUGCGCUCGUCGCCUUCUUCGCCAAGGAGUUCACCAAGAAGACCAAGGUGACCAUCGCCGACACCGACAAGCGCGCGUGGGCCAAGCUGCGCAACGAGUCCGAGUUCACAAAACGCGCGCUCUCGGCGUCCAACUCGGCCACGUGCUCGGUCGAGUCGCUUGCCGAGGGUAUCGACUUCACCGGCACCGUGAACCGCAUGCGCUUCGACAUGCUUGCCGGCCCGGCGUUUGGCAAGGUCGUGGCGGCGGUGGAGAAGGUGCUGGCGCAGGCCAAGGUCGAGGCGUGCCAGGUGGACGAGGUGGUUCUGGCCGGCGGCAGCGCAAGGCUUUCGGGGCUCGCCGACAGGCUGGCGGGUCUGUUUGGCGAUGCCGAGGAGGGCGGUGCGCACAUCACCGCCUCCAUCGAUGCCGACCAGGUCAUCGCUCGUGGCUGCGCCAUCCAGGCGCAGGUCAUCGCUGCCGCUCCCGAGGGCUCCAAGGAGGCCGCGUUCCUCACCGAGCUGCCCAAGGCUCCCGUCGACUCGCUCGCCGAGCUCAAGGUGCAGGCCACCUCGGCGCCCAUCGGCCUUGUCCUCGCCGACGGCGCAUUCGUCACGCUCGUGCCCAGCAACACUGCAUACCCGCUGCGCCGCUCCUUCCGCCUGCCCGUCGCCAAGGGCGCCGAGUCGGUGGCUGUGACGCUCGACCAGGGCAUCGACGACGUCAAGGUCGAGACCAUCCAGCCGGACCCGGAGGACAUUGACGAGGACGACGACGAGCCGCUCGAGCCCGAGACGCGCAAGACGGCCAUCACCAAGCCGGCAGGCAAGGGUCUUGCGGCCUUCACCGUGACCACGCCCGCCAAGGGCGCCAAGUCCGUCCUGCUCACCCUCGAGGCGGCUGCACCGGGCAAGCUCUCGGUCUCGGCGCGCGAGGACGGCGCCUCCAGCUCGGUCGACCUUGAACUCUAG